AUGAGCUUGGAGCAUUCCCAAUCAGAAGGAUCAAAUAAAAAAGAUCGGCUAGCCUUGUUGGCCAUCAAGGCACACAUAACCAAUGAUCCCUUUCAUGUUGUGAGCUCUUGGAAUGACUCCAUCCCUUAUUGCGAGUGGUCAGGCAUUAUAUGUGGCAGUCCUCGCAGGCAUCCAAACAGGGUCAUAGCCUUGCGUUUACAGUCCAGUGGUUUGGUGGGGGCUGUGGCUCCAGAAAUAGGAAACCUCAGUUUCCUUCGAGGGAUCUCUCUCUACAACAACAGCUUUCAUGGUGAAAUCCCUCAUGAAGUAAGCUUUCUAUCCAGGCUUCGUUAUUUACUCCUACAUAACAAUUCAUUUCAAGGGGAAAUCCCACCCAACAUAUCAUGUUGCUCUAACCUUAAAAUAUUCCGUUUAGGUUACAAUUAUAUUGUGGGAAAAAUUCCAAUGGAACUUGGCACCUUGUCCAACCUUCAAGUCUUUUCAUUCCAUUUUAACAGAUUGAUGGGACAGAUCCCAUCUUCCUUUGGAAAUCUUUCAUCCCUUGUCAUCAUUUCCGGGGCAUCCAAUGAUUUAAGUGGGCAUAUUCCAUUAUCCCUUGGUCAAAUGACCAGAUUAACUAUUCUCGCACUUGCUGAAAAUAAGUUGAUUGGUACUAUCCCUCCCUCUUUAUAUAAUCUUUCCUCACUCGGUGUUUUUGAUGUCGGAGGUAAUCAACUUCAAGGGAGUCUCCCAUCAAAUUUAGGCUUCAAUCUUCCUAAUCUGUGGUGGUUUUCAGUUCCUCAAAAUCAAUUUCAUGGACCAAUUCCUAUUUCUGUAUCCAAUUUGUCGAAACUUGUAGUACUUUUUAUUGGUGGAAAUAGUCUUACUGAGAAAGUGGCUAUUGAUUUUGGAGGCCUAUCAAAACUCACUUUGCUUCAAUUAGAUAUGAAUCAUUUGGGAAGUGGAGAGGCUGAUGACCUGAAUUUUGUCAACACAUUGACCAACUGUAGCAGUUUAAGAACUUUGAUGCUUGAUGAUAACCAGUUUGGUGGUGUACUUUCCAACUCCAUGGCAAACUUAUCAACCCAACUGAAAGUGCUUGAUCUAUCAAAAAAUCAAAUAUCUGGAGACAUCCCAGUGGGAAUAGGGAACCUUGUAAGCUUACAAUUCUUGGGUCUAUCUAGUAACUUACUAGAAGGAAGUAUUCCGACAUCGAUUGGGAGACUUAAAAUGCUACAUAAACUCGGUUUAUAUGGGAACAGAUUCACAGGGUCAAUCCCUCCUUUUCUUGGAAACUUGACACUAUUGAUUGAGCUUUAUUUGGGAGGCAAUCUCUUAAAAGGAAAAAUACCUUCGAGUCUUGGCAAAUGUAAAUAUUUGUUACGUUUGGACCUUUCUAGUAAUAGUUUCAGUGGUAUUAUCCCCAGAGAGAUAUUUUAUUUCUCCACAUUAAUAGAGCUAAACUUGAGUACAAAUUCUUUCUUUGGUUCUCUACCUUUGGAAGUGGGGCAACUGACCAAUCUUGGAAUCCUAGAUAUUUCUAAAAACAUGUUGUCUGGGGAAAUCCCUAGCACCCUUGGUGCUUGUAUAAGCAUAGAGCACCUUUUUAUGGAGGGUAACUUAUUUCAGGGAUCUAUAUCAUCAUCUUUGAGUUCUCUAAGAGGUGUUCAAGAUUUAGAUCUUUCACACAACAGUUUCUCUGGUCUUAUCCCAGAAUUUUUGGGCACAUUUAAGUUUUUACAGAACUUAAAUUUAUCAUUUAAUCAUUUCGAGGGUGAAGUACCAGUAGAUGGGGUCUUCAGCAAUUUGAGUGCAGUUUCAAUCAUCGGAAAUAAUAAGCUUUGUGGAGGUGUAUCGGAGCUUUUUUUGCCAGCAUGUCAUACUCAAAAGACCAAAGAAGAUGGCAGGCCUCAUGUUUUCAAAUUGAUUGUCAUCAUAUGUGGAUGUGGGGGCUCUAUAUGUUUGAUUUGUAUAACACUUUUCUUCAUUAUCUACCGCAGAAGAAAAGAAAAGAAAGAAUCAACUAUAUUUUUGAUAGAGGGUCGUCAUCUUAAGAUCUCUUAUGCACAACUUCUUAAAGCUACAAAUGGAUUUUCUUCUGCAAAUUUGAUUGGAGUGGGGAGUUUUGGUUCUGUAUAUAAAGGACUUCUCAAUCAUGGGGAAACUAUUGUUGCAAUAAAGGUCCUCAACAUUAAACAAAAAGGUGCUUCCAAGAGUUUCAAGGUUGAAUGUGAAUCCCUUAGAAACAUUAGGCAUCGUAAUCUUGUAAAAAUCUUAACAUCUUGCUCAAGUAUAGAUUUUGAAGGCAAUGAUUUUAUGGCAUUAGUAUAUGAGUUCAUGCCUAAUGGGAAUUUAGAGAGGUGGUUACAUCCACAUGAAAAUGGCAUACAAGAUGAGCGAAAGCAUUUAAGCCUUGUUCAAAGGCUGAAUAUUUCCAUUGAUAUUGCAACAGCAUUGGAUUAUCUUCACCACCAUUGCCAUAUGCAGAUUAUUCAUUGUGAUCUAAAGCCAAGCAAUAUUCUUCUUGAUAAUGAUUUGACUGCACAUUUGGGUGAUUUCGGGAUAUCAAAGAUUCUUUCAAAAGCCACAAAUAGAUCUCAAAAUCACAUCAGCUCAAUCGGAAUAAAGGGAACUAUUGGAUAUAUUGCACCAGAGUAUGGUGCAGGUGUUGAUGUUUCAACGCAUGGUGAUGUCUAUAGUUAUGGAAUUCUCUUAUUAGAGAUGUUCACAAAGAAGCGGCCUACUCAUGUAAUAUUCGAAGAUAAAUUCAAUCUUCAUUGCUGGGCUGAGAUGGCUUUGCAUAAUGAAGUGAUGGUGGUUGUUGACCCAUCACUUCUUUCUGUGGAAGAAGAUGAAGAAGAGGCAGCAAGAAUUGUAACCAACAUCAUUAGAAGUCGAAGAUGCAUGAAGGAUAGAGUGCACGAGUGCCUUAAUUCAGUUAUUAGAAUUGGAGUUACCUGCUCAGCUGAAUCACCAUGUGAUCGAAUGGACAUAAAUGAUGUUGUCAAAGAGCUACAUCUGAUCAAAGACAUUUAUCUUGGAGUAGGCACUCUUCGAGGAAGAUGA